AUGGUAUUGUUCGAUCCUGCAGACACGGCUCUCGCAGCUGUGGUGAGGUCCAUCAAUGCCACCAGUCCAGCAUGGCGCCUCGGACCGCUGAAUGCAUCCUGGGUCUUUGUCACCGACAGCAUCCCUCCCAACAGCUACGUCAAUGGGUAUAACUUCUCCGACACGUCGAGCGACUUAAGCGGCACGAUCAUCGUCCAAAGGAAGGAGAUCAACAGCGUGGGGACCCUCGCGCUCCACUCGUUCGUCUACCUGAUGGUAUCGGCCUUUGUCGUCAUCGUGCUCAUCGCCCUGCCGAACUGCAAGUACAUCGCGAAAUUGCUUUUUGGCGAGGACACGCGCUUCGACACCGACGCCGACCGUGUCGGCAUUACCGAAUUCACGUUCGACCGAAUGAUGCGUGGGUUCUACCCGCCUGAGCCGAGACACGAACCGCUGCCCUCAUAUCUCGAGGCCCUGGAUUACAUGCCGGGCAGAGAGGUCCGCUCCAGCGACGUCCGCGAGUGUCAGAGCAUGAUGCGGCGGGUAUAUUUGUUAAAGGUCAAGGUCCAUAAUGCCGGCAAUGUCCAUCCCGCGAACCGCGGUAUUGUCGAUGACUGGAGGGUUCAGGCGAGGGCAGGCUUGAGCGACAUCAGGAUCCUGGCGGACAAGUGGGCUCAACGGCAGGAUUGGUCGCCCGAGGAGAGGCUCAAGGUCGCCCAGAUUCGAGAGAGGAUUAUGGCCAUUUGA